AUGGACACGGCACCACUGACUCUCGUAAGCACCACCUCGAAGACAGAUAUAUCGCAACUCCUAAUCCUGUCUGUGCAGGCUCAUACGCACGCGCGGAACGCAGCCCUCGAAUCGCGCCGUCACAACCCGGUCGCAGCCAGUGAAGAACAUGACCUGGCCGCAGCAGAGUUUGCUGCCGCUGCACAAGGGACAUCGGACUCGGAAGCCCUUCGAGUGUUGAAUCUGUUGGAGCAACAUCACAAGAAACUGGGACAAUUACUAAAGGCUGCACAUGAGAAGCCGAUUGUCAAAAGUAGUCCACCCUCAGCACCUGCAGAUGAUGGCGACAAUCCCACUCCAUCACCGGCCCCGCAAAAGCAGGAAACGGCCAGACCCUCUUCACCGGAGACGACUAUACAUGCGCCGAGAUUGCCUAAAGGGUUGAGAUCAAGUACGCGAGAGCUUUCAUCCUCUAUCGCAAGCAAUCUAGCCUCUGCCAGGGGUAUACCGAACAACCGCCAGAAGAGACCUACCCCGAUAUCUCCCUUGGUAUCUACUCAAAAUGCGGACGGUCACAUCGCUCAGGAUGACACGAGAGGAAAGAUCUUGUCAAGAGAAAGCGCAGAUGCGAGCGAUGCCCCUAUGUCGCGCUCAAAGCAGUCACAGUCACGUCCGUCGUGGGCUCCACCUCUAUCGCCUACCAAGGCAGAAUCAACCGAAAAGCCCGCCGAGCAAAGCUCCGAUGCUCCCUUCCAGCAAUUCUACGCGACUUUUGAAAGCCUCAUAUCCAAACUCUCCGCCCCGUUAGCAUUCGCCGGCCUUCCUCUCACCACACCAGGCACCCCAAAAGCAUCGCCAAAACCCUCGCUCCCCUCACCCAAGCAGCCCAAGCAGCCAGCCCGGCCGACCCCGGCACCCCCUUCGGUCGACUACAGCCAGCUCAUCUCUCGCGCCGCGCUCCGUGCCGUCUCGGGCGGUGGCUCCACAAACCCCUCGGAAUCCUUCUACGUCGUCCCUACCACCGGCGGUACAAUCUCGUACGCCGAGAUCAUGUCGCGCGCCGAGCGUGAAGAAGCACGCGCCGGCUUGCGUGGCCAUCAUCGACAAGCCUCGAAUCUCACCAACAUCUCCGAAGACGACUUUGUAGACGCACAGAGCACGAUCCUCCCCGCCCCAUCAGGACCUCCCAGCCGUUUCCGUCGCGGCGGCCAGGAAGACGUCAAAGUCAACGGCAAAACCAUGGAGGAACUCGCCCUCGAGAACCAAGCGCUCAAACACCUCUCCGACACUCUCUCCAAGCGGCUUCACGUAUUUGAAAUGUCUGCGCAGACCUCCUCCGCCGCACUGGCGCAGAGUAUUCGCUCCCUGCAUAACCGCUCGCCCAUGCUCUCGCCCGAAAAUUCACGUGGCAAACCGCUCAGCGGCAAACUGCUGGGCUUCGACAGCAACCCGUCCGGCCACCAAACGGACGAAGCCACACAGCGGCGUAUCGCUGAGCUGGAAGAGAUCCUGCGCAAGAGCGACGCCCGAGCGAGGAAGAAGGAGGAAGAAAACGUCAAGCUCAAGGAGACCAUCACCAAGUAUAGAGACAAGUGGGAUAGUUUAAAGGCGGGGGCCAAGGCGCGUAGAGAAAGGGAGCGGGCGGGCAGACAUGAGAGGACUGUCACGGAAGAGACCGUGACCGAGGCGACGGACGAGGUCAAUGCCGGUGGCGGUCAACAGACCGGCCCGCAGAGCAUGGCGGCUUGA